AUGUCUUCUGGGAUAGCAGAGAAAGGUCAGAUCGGGAUUGUAUCCACAGACGAAACACCGACACCGGCCAAAGGAAACGUACAUUAUGUGAAUCGCAAUGGGGAUGAUACUUUGAAAUCCUUUGAAGAGGUUAUCCCUGGUUAUGAUGCCACCCUGAUGGGCGCGCGUGCGACACUCAGUGCCGCAGAGGAAAAGAUGCUCUUGCGACGCAUUGAUUGGCAUUUGAUUCCACUGUUGGCUGUCAUGUAUAUGCUAAAAAGUGUGGAUUUUACGAAUGUCUCAUACGCCCGGACUAUGGAUAAAGGCACCGCCCAUAAUAUCUUGACUGAAUUGAAAAUGACCUCAGACCAGUAUAAUCUGGUUACAACUAUGUAUUAUGUCCCUUACAUCAUUGCAGAAGCCCCGUCCAACCUUUUGUUGAAAGGCGUGCGACCUUCAAUUUGGCAGGCCAGAAUUAUGGUCUCUUGGGGUAUCGUUCUUUGCUGCCAUGCAGCAGUGACAAAUAGACAAGGUCUAUAUGCCGUUCGAUUCUUCCUUGGACUAUUCGAGGCUGGCCUAUGGCCAGGGAUGCUCUUGCAGCUAUGCUAUUGGUAUAGGCCAGAUGAAGUUGCUCCCAGGAUAGUUCUUGUGACUUUACUCGGAAAUUUCAGUACGGUAAUUAGUGGCGUGCUUGCAUUUGCAUUCAAUGGUGUCGUUGCUGGUGGUCUCUCCGGAUGGAAAUGGCUUAUCCUAACAGAAGGAAUCUUCACGGUAUUACUGGGAAUCUUUACUUAUUUCUUCUUACCUGAUUUUCCUUCAACCGCAUCCUGGUUAUCCGAAAAGGAAAAGGCCUUCACCCAAGCCCGCCUACCAAGCAACUCUCCUCGAGCGGCGGAGUCGAACUUCAAUUUGCGUGAACUUAUCACAACACUGAAGAACAAGCGAAUCUGGCUGUUCCUCCUCUGUUGGGCCUUCUUUACUAUUGGAACAACAGGACUCACAUUCUACCAACCAACAGUAAUUUCCAAUCUUGGAUUUACGUCUAUGGGUGAAUCUCUAUUGCUGAACAUCCCAUCUGCGGUAUUCGCAGUAAUAUUGACGGUGGCAUUCGGUAUCUUCGCAGAUACUGGGCGGAUCCCUCAGCCAUCCAUUCCACUUGGAUUCAUGAUUGUCAUUCUAGCGUGUUACGGCGUACUGUACGCCUUCCCCAAUACUGGUGGGGUGUAUGCGGCGACGAUUAUAGCUGGAGGGUUCUCGACUGCAUGGCAAGUGUAUACAAUGAUGUGGCCAUGGCGAGUCCAGACCACCGAGGGCGCAACGGGAUCUGCCUUCGCAAUCGCAUUUGCGAACAGUUAUGGCCAGAUUGGAGGGGCUGUGGGGUCUCAGCUAUUCAACUCUCGGUUUGCGCCACGAUAUGCGACCUCCUUUGGGAUUGCGAUGGGAUUUGUUGGUAUGGCUAUCAUUAUGAACAUUAUUACUUGGGCUUUUACCUGGCGGGUGGAUGUCGAUACAAGGAGACUUAAACGGAUCCGGCUUGCGGCGGCGAAAGAGAACCAAGCUGUGUUGGACGAUGUUGAUAUUCAUGCAGGAGAAAAGAAAGACAGGUAA